AUGGCGUCAAUCUGUCCAAUAGUUCUUCUUGUGUUUUUUCAGGUUGUCCAAGGUGGCAAGAUCCUGAUUUUUAGUGGAUACGGUGAGGGCAGUCAUUUCAUGACUGCUGCUCAUGUUGGGAAGGAGUUGAUGCGUCGAAACCACAACGUCACUCUGCUAAUUAGCAAUGCGUACGAGCACAGAGCAAACGAAACCAAAUACAAGGAUUUUAACUUUGAAAAAUUCAAGCACAAUGUUCCCCCAGAAGAGGUUCGAGGUCGCCUUGAGCGAUUAUCAGAGUCGAUAUUCAAAGGGAACUUCCUGCGGGAUGUCCUUUGGAAUAUGACAGACCUUAUGGGUGAGAUAGUCGAUGACUGUGAAGCAUUAUUCAACGAUCAGGUGCUUCUACAAAGACUCCUUGAAGCAAAGUUCGACGUGGCUUUCGUUGAUCCCCUAUGGCCAUGUUCGUUGCUUGUUGCCGAGUAUGCCGCCAAGAGACAUGUGUCCUUUAUGGCUACCACAUGGAAUGACAACAUUGCCCGCGUGAAUGGCAAUCCUUCAAAUGCUGCCUUUAUAGGGGAAAUGAACACCGGUUUCACCAAUAAGAUGACACUGACCGAGCGCGUUGCCAACUGCAUCAUGAUUAUGGUCUCAAAAUGGAUGGCGACAUUUACCAAUUCUUAUACCCCUAUCCAACAUGCUCAUGGAAUUUGUCCAGAUCUCAAGGCAGAAGAUCUCUACCAACGGUCACAGCUGCUUCUAGUCAAUGUUGAUUUCGCAUUGGAGUAUCCGAUUCCAGUCAUGCCACAUCUGAUUCCUGUUGGUGGCCUGUCUACUGGACCUGCAAAUGACCUAGCUCAGGUUAGUAUUGCAUGA